AUGAACACGAAGAAUUCUGUUCUGAGGCGCGAUAUCCAAAGCAAAGGAAUCGUUACACUACCGAUCAAGGACGCGAAACCACUGCGAAGUACUUCAAUUACAGAAUACGGGAAGCACAGGGAUAGCGUGAGCAAUGCGAUUCAUCCUCUGGUAAAAAACGGAACGUCAAUGAUAAAUUCUUAUAUCGAAAAUAAUUGCGUAAGAAUAGGGAAGGAAACCGUGGAGACGCUUCACGAACCUUCGACUUCGACUUCGGUCUUAGGACCGGGCGAAGACCGAAAAAAUCACCGUCAAUUACACAUGUUUAGCUCCGAUACGAUAUCAAAAGAUCCAACAAAGUCAGACCCUCCUAUGAAUCCAACAUCGAAUCCAAUUAAUGACGAAUCAUUUUCCAGUAAGCCUAAAAGGCCGAUCCAAAUUCAAUUGAAUCCCAAUAUUCCUCGUCAAAAAGACGCCGAGAAUCCAAUCGAUGAUGAGUCAUCCUCCAAUAAGCCUAACGGGCCGAUCCCAUUUCAAUUGAAUUCAAAUAUUCCUCGUCAACAAGACGAUGAGAGUCCAAAUAACGAUGAAAAUAAUUUAAAAAAUAAUGUGUCACGACUAAAUAUUGAAAUUUCAGGAGAACCUUCGAAUAACCUUAACAAUGAAAGAAUUGAUACAGGAAUUAAAAAACUUAUGCGAAUAAAUUAUUUGGAUAAUACGGAAAACAAUAUAAGAAAUAUACGCGAAGAACGUUAUGACAAAAUGAUAAAUUCACUGCGAUUAGAACACUUGAAUCAGGAAGAAAAGGGAAGCGUUAACGAAUUAAUUAGGAAAAAUUAA